AGAUGAGACCUGACCUGAUAUCGAUGUGAUAGUACUUAUCACGGAGAUAUCGCUCCGCCUCUUGGAAUGAUUUUUUUUGCACUCUCGUAACUUCCAUACAGUUGUCGCUCGGUACAUAACUACUGCUCGGCUCAACAUCGACUACGUUGGCUUUAAGUAUAGUAUGGCCAAUCGCUCUGUGACCGGUUGCGACUGGACUUCGGUACCGACUAAUAGUGGGCCGUCCUCACACCUCUACUUAAAACACGCCCAAGGCCCUCCGAAUCAGCAGCAUAUCCUGAGUUCUUGAUUAUCAGCCUCGACGAACUUGAACACAUUGUACUCCUAGACUUCACUUUUUCAUACUCACUAACAAUCAUGAAAAUUGCCACUGCCCUCAUUCUGGCGUUCGUUGCUGGUGCGCACGCCCAGUCUACAAGCAAUGCCAUCACGCCCCCGAGCGUCACCAUGCCUCAGCUCCCCUCGCCGACUUUAAGUACCCCGGCUAUGUCAAUGUCUGCUCCAUCAAUGGCUGCUCCAUCAAUGGCUGCUCCUUCAAUGGCUGCUCCAUCAAUACCUGGUCCAUCACUCGGAUUUGGCGUAACGACGUCGACGAGUAUGACCGCGACGUCCACAGGGGCAACAGGGGCAGCAAUGGCGGGUCCAUAUGCUGACGCUGGACUGAUCAUGGGAGCUGUAGCAGGCGUCUUCGCGUUCCUGGUGUGAAAAUAUCAGUUGAUGAAAGUGGUCAUGGACAUGUCUUGUUCACGAUACAGCUCGGGUAGCUGGAUCUAUAUAGAUGGGAUAGAUGAACGGACCAACGAGUUUAUUGAUUGUAAUAUGCUACCAUUUAGCCGCGAUAAAGUAUCAGUAAAGAGAGUUGUCUAGGUGUUAUGCAUGCGUACACGACCUGUUUCCGAGAACGAAGGAGAGAGCAAGGAGAACAUGAAUAAUAAAGCAGUCGCAGCGCUGGCAGUGGACGCCCAGGUGCGCAGAGCACUUUCACCAGAGAGAAAUAGAAACGUGAUAUAACCGCGCUUGCGGACUAAGACUUCAUCCCAAACAACUACGAGCAUUAUCAAUCAGCAA